CCUGCAGGCUGGAACAUGGGCGAUUUGCAGGAAGAUGUAAAAUUUAUAGUGGAUGAGACCUUGGACUUCGGAGGACUGUCACCAUCGGACAGUCGUGAGGAGGAAGACAUACCAGUGUUGGCAACUCCAGAGAAACCCCUUCCGAGAGGCCUCCCCCACCAGGGUGACCUAAAUGCAGUGGCCCCCACCCCCCAGGGCAUGAGGUUCAGCUUAGGCCGCCUCAGCCCAGCGAAGAUGGAGGAGGUCCUCGAUGAGGCCAACAGGCUGGCGGCGCAGCUGGAGCAGUGCGCCCUGCAGGAGCGCGAGAGGGCAGGCGGGAGCCCGGGGCCGCGCAGGGUGAAGCCAAUGCCUCGGAGGGAGACCUUUGUGCUGAAGAACAGUCCUGUCCGUGACCUGCUGCCCACUGUGAGCUCUUCCGCUCGGAGCACCCCCUCUCCAAGCAGCCUGACACCCCGAAUCCGGGGCAGCGGUAGGAAGGGGUCCGUCAGGGCUCUUCGGGCAGCAUCUGGAAAGAAGCCCUCCAGCGUGAAGAGGGAGUCGCCCACUUGCAAUCUGUUCCCCACAUCCAAAAGCCCAGCAUCUUCUCCUCUUGCCCGAUCAACUCCUCCAACCCAAUCAACUCCCCAACCCCGGGGGAAAGCUGGGCCCAGUGGGAGAGCAACAGCAAGCCCGCCAGUCCCGGUCAGACUGGUCUUGGCCCCACAGCCUUCUACCAGCAACUGUCAGCGCCUGUCUCGGCCACAGGGAGCAGCUGCUAAACCUUCCAGUCGACUACCUGUCCCCUCAGCCAUCCCCAAGCCUGUUAGCCGAGUGCCACUCAGCAGCCGGAGUGUACCACCCAGCAGAGGUGCCCUAGCUUCAGAUUCAGUGUCAACUCGGAAAGGACUUCCAAGACCAGGUGCUGCAGGGCACAGAGUUCCUGUUUCCCAGCGACCAAAUCUUCCUGGUGCCACUCGCAGCCAUCUGCAGACCCCCCGGAAAGCUGCAGCCCCAGGACCUACCAGGUAA